AUGAUUUGCGGCAAUUCCCAGCUGGGGGCGACCAUUGUGGACGCGUUGGACAGCCUCUACAUCAUGGGUCUGCACGACGAGUUCAAGGACGGCCAGGAGUGGAUCGAACAGAAUCUGGACUUUGGAGUGAAUGCCGAGGUGUCUGUGUUUGAGGUCAACAUUCGUUUCAUAGGAGGACUGCUGGCCGCCUACUACCUCUCUGGACAGGAAAUGUUCAAGCUGAAGGCGGUGCAGCUAGCGGAGAAGCUGCUCCCGGCCUUCAACACCCCCACCGGGAUCCCCUGGGCCAUGGUCAACCUGAAGAGUGGUGUUGGGCGUAACUGGGGCUGGGCGUCGGCCGGCAGCAGCAUCCUGGCAGAGUUUGGGACUCUGCACAUGGAGUUCGUUCACCUCACCUACCUGACAGGAAACCCCGCCUACUACCAGAAGUGUGUGUUUGAAGCCGCCUCCUCAGCAGACCCCGCUUUGAUUGACAGGCGCUCCGUGCACGACCCAGAUCCUUUGGUGGGCUGA